AUGUCGAUUUUGCCAAAUGAGGCGCUUAAGGAUAACGAGAAUCUUAAACGCUGCAAUGAAACACGUUUACUCAUAGCAGCGUCUUUAUCGUUUGAAAGGUCAACACCACUCUAUUACUUUUCGCUGGAGGGUAACUCGAUGAAGGAUGAUUACGGCCAACUUCAGUUAUUAAAGGUGGUGAAUCAUCCACUAGUUAACCAACUUUUUUCGAACCAUAUUUGGGGUUCGGCUAAUGGUUUAGUUUGCAUAUCAAACCAGAUAGAAUUCAUUCUUAAUUGGAAUCCAUCUUCGAGGAUGUCUGAAGGCGUUACUGUGGAAGUUAAUACUUUUGGGGAAAACCUUUUCAAUGGAUUUGGUCGAGACCGAUGGGGUGACUCUUAUAAGCCAGAGAUUAUACACAACAAAGACGACGGAACCAUGACAUUAAGAGAUGCUGUUGAUAUAUUGAGCAUAUGGAAUCCGACAACUACCAAGUCCAUAAUCCUUCCUCUUAGAUCAAAAUCGUGGCAUAAGGUGAAGAAAUUUGAAAACGAUUAUCCAGAUAAUUUGGAAGGUUCUGGAAUUACGAAUUAUUCAACCGCCGAUCUCAAUUUCUAUUCUUGUUUGGCUAGUUUAGGAGGAUGUUUAUCAUUAACUUGCCACCACUAUUCAGGGAAUGUAGAUGUAUGGUUGCUGAAGGAAUAUGGUGGGAUGAACGAAUCUUGGUCGAGAAUUAUUACAAUUCCUGCACCUAGAGGUUUCGUGAAACCAGUCUCUUACUCUGGACCUAGAGGUUUCGUGAAACCAGUCUCUUACUCUAAGUGUGACAAAAAAGUCUUAAUAAACAUGGAAAACUGUUUAACUUGGUACAAUUUACAAUCCCAAAUGUUGGAAAGGCCUAUGAAUGCUGCUAUGAAUGUUGAGCUUAAAGAAAUGACUCUUUGUUUGGAAACUCUGGUCUCUGUGGAUGGAUAA